GACCGUCACGUGACACCAGCAAGACAAACACCAUGAAAUGGCAGGCGCUUUUUGGACGCCUGAAAGGUGUCGUUAUUGGAAUGAUUCACGUCCAAGCUUUGCCAGGCUCUCCCCUGGCUCGCAUGAAGAUGUCCCAAAUCAUUGACGAAGCCUGCAAGGAGGCGACCAUCUACCGCGACGCAGGACUUGACGCGGUGAUCCUGGAGAACAUGCACGACCUUCCCUACACCUUGUCCCCGGGCCCGGAGGUGUGCGCCUGCAUGACGUCGGUGUGCGCCGCGGUGAGGAACAUCUGCCCGGCCAUGCCUCUCGGAGUCCAGGUCCUAUCUUCCGCCAACCGGCAGGCGCUGGCGGUGGCCCUGGCUUCAGGUCUGGACUUCAUCCGGGCCGAGGGCUUCGUCUUCUCCCACGUGGCGGACGAGGGCUUCGUCGACGCUUGCGCGGGAGAGUUGUUGCGGUACCGCAAGAUGAUUGGAGCGGAGCAUGUGCAGAUCUUCACUGACAUCAAGAAGAAACACAGUUCUCACGCACUGACCUCGGACGUGAGCACCCUGGAGACGGCUCGAGCGGCGGAGUUCUUCCUCUCAGACGGACUCGUCAUCACCGGCGCGUCCACGGGACAGGAGGCGGACCUCCAGGAGCUACGAGAGGUGUGUGAGCGGGUGAGCGUGCCCGUGCUGGUGGGUUCGGGCGUGACGUACGACAACAUGGAUGGUUACCUCGGCGCCAGCGGCCUCAUCGUGGGCUCCCACUUCAAAGAUGGCGGCGUGUGGGGCGGCGGCGUGGACGGCGAGCGCGUGAGGAGGUUCAUGACCAAGCUGCGAGGCCUGCGAGCCGACAAAGACGCUUCACCACCGUGUUGAGUGAGCAAAAGUGUAUUGUAGAUGAGAUAAAUAAUUGCAGAUGAGAUAAAUAGACACAAAUAGAAAACAUUAUUUACACCAGCAAACAGGAAGUAAGUCAAAUGUGGAACUUAUUUUGAAGGCACAUCCACGUCACUUCCUGUCUAAGUUCCCCUCUGUGUGUGUACUUUAUCAUAAUGAUACUUGUGAGUCAUAGUAUUUGUGUGUACUUCAUCAUGAUGAUAUUUGUGUGUACUUUAUCAUCAUAGUAUUUGUGUGUACUUUAUCAUCAUUGUAUUUGUGUGUACUUUAUGAUUAUAUUUGUGUGUAC